AAACUAAGUACUGAUGUGUUAUGUCUGUGUGGACUGUUUUCUGUCUAGUUCUAUAUACUCAAAGUCAAAGGAGUGAAUGAAUAGAUACUUAGACCUUUAAUUACUUUGAGAUCUCUGACAUGGCUCUAAACUACGGGAGCCAAAUCAUAGAUAUUGACGCUUUUGAUACGUCGAUGGAUGUUGACGCCGUGGGAAACCGUGGCCACCGCUAUGGAAAGGCAUCCCCAACAGCUGGGGCAUACAGCCAACAAGGAUCUGGACACGCGCACGGGCAUCACGGCCACGGGCACGGGCAUCACGGCCACGGGCACGAUCAUACUGGUAUUAACGGUGGCAGUGAUUCUGUCCACGGUACUAUUCAGCCUUUCUCCAGACCUCAGCAUGGUAUAAUCUCAAGGAUAAUGACAGAGUUGAGAUCAGUCCUGAAGGAACAUAGAGCUAAAAGAGUCCUUAUGCUAGGAUUGAUGGGAACAUUGUGCAUUGUUACCAUGCUGCUGUGGUGUCAGUCAACCAACAGUAUAGCUUUGACAGCAUUCACCUACAUCAUAUUAUUUGAUGUUCUAUCUCUGGGGGUAUGUCUCAUCACUAUUUGGGUCACCAAGCAAAGACCUUCAAGCAUUUAUACUUACGGGUAUGAAAGAUUUGAAGUUCUGGCAGUUUUCUCUACCACGAUGCUUGCCAUCUUCGGUUCAAUAUUCAUUAUGAAAGAAAGUACGGAGAGGAUCAUUCAACCUCCAGAGAUCCACACAGGUCGUCUCAUGUUAGGAGCCAUCUUGGGUCUGUUCAGUCAUCUCGUCUUAUUGUAUGGGUCUAGGAACCAAGCCUUUAGUCAUGUCAGCACAGCAUCUAAGAGCAGCUGGUUGCAGGAACACUUUGCUGACAUCUGCCAGAGUUUUUGUACAGUCGUUCCUGGUUUAGAUCAUCUGUUGCUACCUCGAGUGAAUCCCUUCAUCUUGAUUGGACUAUGUAGUAUGUUAUCUCUCUGUGUAACAGACUUCCUGGUCGAUAUGAAUAAUUUUCACAUGGCAGACCCCCUAGCAGCCCUGUGCAUAGCUAUGAUGACAGUAGGAACCAUGUUUCCUAUGAGUGUAUACUCAGGCACUAUACUGCUACAAACCACACCUGCACACAUACUGGGACAACUCGACAAAAGUUUGCGAGAGGCAUCCACACUAGACGGUGUACUGGAAUUUCGCAAUGAGCACUUUUGGACAUUAUCAUUUGGUCAACUGGCAGGGUCACUUAAUGUCAGAGUGAGAAGAGAUGCUGAUGAACAGAUGGUCCUGGCUCAUGUGUUCAACAAGCUUUCUCACCUAGUUAACAUCCUUACCAUUCAGAUCAUCAAGGAUGAAUGGACUCGCAUCAACCCUGUCUCCACUACCAUCGGCUCUAGCAGAACAACCCUCCAAGACUUCACCCCAGGAGUGUCUACUCCUAAGUCUCAAUUCAAAUCAGUUGCAUCAUCUCUUCCACCUCAUAUGACAAACAAUACCUUGUAUGGUGCAGGAAAUCCAUAUUCUCCCACGCCACCGCUAAGAGCACAGAGCACCCCGUAUGGAACGCCACUCAAAGACAUCAGUUUCAAUUCAGACAUGGAUAACGUACCAUCGCAUGAUGUUCCAUCACCUGUAAUGGCUGAUGCUAAAUUAAAAGGAAUACUUCGGACAAACCCAAGUGGCGCGUAUGGAGGGAGCAGACAAGGACAGCAGUUUACCAAGAAUGACUGGACAGCACAAAGUUUAGCACCCAUUAGUUCAGGGAGUGCUGUCAUAGAUUUUAGUACCCUAGGAACUGGGAAUACUUUUCCUACAUCCAUUAACUCGAGAACUAAUGUGAGAAGGUGAAACAACUUUCAUGCAUUUUAGAUGCAGAUAUAUUAUUUAGAGGUUUAGCUUUUUUCUUUGUCACAAAUAUAAAAGUUAUUUUUUUUAUGGGAAUGAUUUAUAGUAUCUUCUUCAGAAACUGGUUUGCUUAAUUUUUUAAAUACUACUUUGAAGAUAUUCACAAUAUAGUUUUAUUUCCGGAUAUUAUAUUAAUAUCUUUAACGUGGCUUAAACGCACAGAGGAAUAUUGAACAUCAUGCUAUGUUGUAGCUUGUAUUCAUUGCUUUAUAUUUAUUAAAGAGCUUUACUUUAAGUUGGCUUUGUAUCUGGUUCUGAAAUAGUACAGGUAUGUAUGAGGUUAACAAAUAUUUGAAGUGUGCUAGUAUUAAACUGAAUUUUAUUAUGGUCAUACUUGACUCUGAGCAUCAGUUCAUGAAACUGUCCUGUAAGAACAAGAUUACCUACAUGUACAUCCCAUUGAAACAGGUGUAUUAGAAUUAAAAAGCCUUUCAUAAUAUGUCUAAGUAAACCUGUCCUUUGUGAGGUGAUACUCCAUAACAGGUUUGGGAUUCACAAACAUUAAAGAUAAUCAUACUGUGCAUGCAGGUUAAAUGGGAAAACUCCAUUGAUUUGAUCUCUUUUGAAAUAAUUUGUUUAUCAGUAUAAUGCCAGGUUCUGCACAGGCGAUGAUCAUUCUUGCAUGUUUAGUUGGAGAUACAAAAGAUGUUUUGAAACACAGUUAUGUUAAAAACCCAUUUCAUUCGUUUGUCCACUUUUGUGCAAAAUUCAUUUGAAGUUUUGAUGAAGCAGGAAAAUUUGAGAAAGAGGUUUCAGUUCUUGCUCUCUAAACAGUAAACACAAAUGCCAAUUUGUAAACCGGUUCAAACCUUUCAUUAUCCUGUUUAAUAUUGGGUUAUUUGGUUUGAUCCUUUUUAAAGUUUUUUAGAAUCUUUCCAGUGGCCCAUGAAUAAUAUAUGAAACAAGUAAACAAAGAUGCCAAAUGGAUUUACAAAAGUGAUGAUAGACAAAAAAGUGCAGAAUGCUAAUUUAGAAAUAUAUUGAAAGCGAUGAUAAAUCUUAAAUUUCUUCUGGUUUUACCUGAAUCGACCAGUUAUAAGAUUCGAUCAUGUAAGGUGAUUUUUAAAAACAGUUAAUAUAAAACCAUGUCACCAAUACUGGAUGUGACUUUCCAGGGAUAAUGGAGAUAUGAAAUGCAAAGACUUUAUAGUAAUUUUCUGCUAGUUAAAAGUUAUUUAGAGUAAUUCCUAUGCGACACUCGUGUCCUAAUCAUGUUGAAUUCAAAUAAAUGAAUUUUGAUUUUAUAUUUUGAAUGUUUAUUCUCCAUCUUCCAUUGGCAUUGCAAUCUUUCAGAUAUCUUUUUAAAACGUUUUUCUUUUAGGGGUCAUUUUAUACGGUAAAGCUCAAAGCCUGUGAAGCGCAAAAGAGAAAGCAGUCAAAUAUGCAUUGUGUUUUUAAAAAACAAAAUAUGGUGAUACAUGUAUCUUGUAAUAAAUCGUGCAGUUUUUGUCGUUCUUUCUAUCAUUCAUUUAGUUGUAAAUCUACCACAAGGUUUGAGUAUAUGAAUUCAAAUUAAAGUGUACCAACCACCUACAAAAUAACUUGUGCACAGCUAGAAUUUAUAAAAUCAACCUAUACAAAAUUACACAUGGCAUUCUAUGGGGUGAUGGAUAGGAAGAAAAAAGAAAAUAAUGGAUAACAUAAAACUGCCCACACGGAACCCAAGUCAAACUUACGUUCCAUGAGGGUCCCAUAUUAUGCAAGAGUGUAUGGAUGCUUCGAGUACGUUGCUUCUAUGUCGAGUGCGAGUGUAUUUAAACUUGCACUAUCUCUUUGCAGAAGUAUUAUUUGAAGCUCAUAUUUUGACUAAGGUAUAGUAUUACAGAAUGGAAAUACGAACAUACAAAACAAAAUAUUAUUUGGUGAUUAGUGCACUUGAAUUUAAAGAAAUAUUUUAGAAAGUGUUGUGUGUUUAAUAAUGUGAUCUUAAUGCAUGAUGCAUGUGUGAGGAGGGAAUAUGAGACUUGCCAAUAUCUUACCAUACCAGCCUCCAUCUCUCAGCCAUUUUUGUUUGUAUAAACUCGGUAUUAAAUAUGUGUGGGAUAUAUAAGAUAAUGAAUUAUGUGGUUUGUAUUGAAGAAAAUUUCAUGGAAAUGGAAUGACACAAAAUAAUAGUUCUCAACAUUUCAAUUAAUUAUCAAAAAUAGGAGAUACUUGACUUGACUUCACUUGGUAACUACAGAUGAUAAUCAGUAUGAAGUAUGACAUUUGUUCAACUAAUACCUAUUAGUUACUAGUUACCGGUAGUCUUAAUCUAUUCUGGGAUGUAGUAGUUUAUAUUUGUGAGAAGCAGGUUCAGAUGUUAAGAAUCAAGUCUCGUACAUAUACGAUGCGCUAAACUGUUGUGGUAACUAAUUAACUGAAUGGCAACUGGGGAUGAAAAUGUUUAGCUGCAUGUGCAAAAGGUCCCAUGUGUACUCAUUUCCUGUGUGUUUAAUACAAGAUACAAAAAUGUGAAGCGCCUGAAAAAGCCUGCAUGCUUUACCCAUGGAAUAGGCCAUUUUCCGAAUGUAAUCAAAUUGAAUGCACAAAUCUUUGCUAUGUACCUUGUUACAUAUUAUUUCAUACACUUGUUACAAAUAAUCGGGAUACUUUGUAAAUAUAGGCCAUACACUGUCAUUGUUAGAAUUACAGUAUUAUGGUAUUAUUAUACAACAAUUGAUGCAUGCAAUUUGAAUUCUGACUAUUGAAAUACAAUGACCCGGUAUUUGUAACGGGUGAAUGAAAUAAUUUGUAACAAGGUACAUAACAAAGAUUUGUGCAUUCAAUUUGAUUACGUUAUGAAAAUGGUCUAUUCAAGUAUAAUAUUAUAGUACAUGUGAUAGGAGAGAUAUCAAUGCUCAAACUUGAAUUGCAGAUCUAUUUUUGGAGGAGUUUAGUUAGAUAGAAAUUAUGGAAGAAAGUGGCCGACUCUCUUUUCAGAAUGUUUAGUACAUGUAUUAGAUUUGAUUCUUUCCUGGAAAGAUUUGGUGUAUUGAUUCAAAUGAAGACUUGACAGUAAGCAUGUGAUUGUUGUUAUAAGACCAUGAAUGCAGGUCAUGUUCCUUUACCCCAAAUCUAUCUCAAUGAGUAAUAUCUUUUGGAAAAUUGAUUUCUAUAAUAAAAUAUAUGAAACACAA